UCUAACCUGUAUUCUUUUGUCCCGCAACCGAAUAAGUUGAAGUUUAUAUUUUUUUUCCCCGGGAGCUCAGAAUUUCAUAAACACCACAACAACAACAACAAUCGCGGUUCUCGCCGUACAAACGAACACGACGUGCGCAUCGCAACUCGUUUCCCCGACCCCAGUCGCCCGGUUCACACCACUCGUGGCCCGACACAAAGUUCCCCGUACCGUCCCAGGGCGGUUCCACCAAUAAGCUUGCAGCCGGAUUUUUUUAUUAUGAUCCACCGUAGAUAAUCAAUACCUACCGACGCCGACGCCGCCGAAAUCUCGAACUCUGGCCACCCUUCCGUGAAUCAUUGCCAGCCGCGUCUCCGUGCCCUAUGGACCCGUCAGAUAAAAUGGCAUCCAAAGACACGAUCGUGAAAGCAGAGAAAAAUCCAGAUUCUGGAAGUGAUUUUGAUGACGACGAUGAUCCAGACAAAACUGAAGUUCCGGGUGGAGGAAAAGACUUGGCAACUGCAGCUACUAUUAAGUCAACCUUUGUCGAUGAAAAGCCGCCUAGUACCAGUAUUAAUACUAAUUUAACCAAACCUUUAGAACCAACAUCUAAAAUGAAUGCAAAUAAUAUGGGCUAUGCAAAAAAUAUGGGUGGUAUGAACAAUUGGAUGGGCGCCAUGAUGGGAAAUCCUUUUAUGAAUUUGGCACAAGGCUCUUCAAAUAUGAAUAAUAUGAUGUUUCCUCAAAAUAUGCCUUAUCCAGGAAUGAUGCCUCCUAAUAUAAAUCAAGCUCAAUUUUUACAAGGUAUGGGUGGUGGUGGAUCAGCUGGAAUGAUGGAUGGGAAUGCUGCAACAAAUUUUCUUUUACAAGCAUUAAUGAGUAAUGGUGGCAAUAAUGCUGCCUUGAUAUCACAACUACUGAGUUCAGGAGGACCUGCUGCAUCUAUGCUGUUACAAAAUAUAAUGCAACAACCAUUUACCCAACAAAAUUUUCCAAUGGCACCUAAAAAUGUAUCUCCGUAUUGGUACAAUCAAUCAAUGAAUAAUAAAAUGCCUAGUGGUGGGCGUACUGGAGAAGAUGAAGAAGAUAAUGAGGAUGAGGAUAUGGGAGUUGCUGAGACAUAUGCUGAUUAUAUGCCUUCCAAAUUAAAACUUGGUAAGAAACAUCCUGAUCCAGUAGUGGAAACAGCAUCAUUGUCAAGUGUUGAACCUGCGGAUGUGAAGUAUGAGUUAUCAAUUCCAAUGGAUACCAUAAAUUCUGGAUCUCUUUCGGCUCUUCAGUUAGAAGCUAUCACUUAUACAUGCCAACAACAUGAUCAUAUUUUACCUGAUGGUUCAAGAGCUGGUUUUCUUAUUGGUGAUGGUGCUGGUGUUGGUAAAGGUCGAACAAUUGCUGGAUUAAUAUUUGAGAACUUUGUAAAAGGUCGCAAGAAAGCCAUUUGGGUUUCAGUAUCUAAUGACUUGAAAUUUGAUGCCGAACGAGAUUUAUCUGAUAUUGGAACAACAAAUAUUAAAGUGUAUUCUCUGAAUAAGUUUAAAUAUGCCAAAAUUAAUUCUCCAACAAAUGGAAAUGUAUCUAAAGGAGUUAUAUUUUCUACUUAUUCGGCUCUCAUUGGUGAAUCAAGUGGUGGAGGAAAAUACAAAAGUCGCUUGAAGCAAUUGUUGAACUGGUGUGGUGAUGAUUUUGAUGGAGUUAUUGUUUUUGAUGAGUGCCACCGUGCUAAAAACCUUUGUCCAACAGGAUCUACAAAACCUACAAAAACUGGAUUAACAGUACUUGAGCUACAAAAUAAAUUACCCAAUGCUCGAGUAGUUUAUGCAUCAGCUACUGGUGCUUCAGAACCUCGAAAUAUGGCUUAUAUGGUGCGGUUAGGUAUGUGGGGACAAGGAACAACAUUUCCGGAGUUUCUUGAUUUUAUUAAUGCAGUUGAAAAACGUGGUGUCGGUGCUAUGGAAAUAGUUGCAAUGGAUAUGAAGCUUAGAGGCAUGUAUAUUGCUAGACAAUUAAGUUUCCAUGGUGUAUCUUUUAAAAUUGAUGAAGUACCGCUAUCCCCAGAGUUUACUAAUGUCUAUGACAAUGCUGUAAAACUGUGGGUGGAUGCAAUGCAUAUGUUUCAAGAGGCAGCAGAACUAAUUGAUGCAGAGAAUCGCAUGAGAAAAACUAUGUGGGGUCAAUUUUGGUCCUCCCAUCAAAGAUUUUUUAAAUAUUUGUGUAUUGCAGCAAAAGUUAAACAUGCAGUAGAUGUGGCUAGAGAAGCAAUAAAACAUGGAAAAUGUGUAAUUAUUGGAUUACAAUCUACAGGGGAAGCCCGAACUCUUGAACAACUGGAAAAAGAUGAUGGAGAGCUAACUGAUUUUGUAUCCACUGCAAAAGGUGUUUUACAGUCUUUAGUUGAAAAACAUUUUCCUGCUCCAGAUCGUAAUAGAAUAAAAAAACUACUAGGAAAUGUUGGUAUCGAAUUAAAACAUUCCAAACAUCAUAAUGGUGAUUCUCAAGGACCUAGUGGCUCUAGUGGAGGUGGAGAAAAAAGGAAAUCAGGCCGUCAAGCAUCUUCAAGACAUGUAAAACGUGCCAAAGAUUCUAGCGAUUCUGAUUCAAAAUCUGAUAAUGAUGAUUCUGAUUUUAAAAUGUCAGAAUCUGAGUCUGAAAUUAGUGAAGAACAUAGCGAUGAUUCUGAAGCAAGUAGCGACUUUAAUCCAUUUGGUGAAGAUGACACUGACAGUGAUGAACCUUGGGCAGCGGGUAGAGCAAAAAAACGUAAAAAUAAAGUUCCCGCUAAAAAGAAACAAACGGCAAAAGACAAAAUCCAUCAAAUUGUAUUAAAGUCAAGCAUGGCCAAUAAUAGCCACCAAAAAGAUGCUAUUGACCGUGCUUGUAGUAUGAAAGAAGAAUUGAUGGAAAGGAUUGAAAGAUUAGGCGAUAAAUUGCCACCAAAUACUCUUGAUCAGCUAAUUGAUGAACUUGGUGGGCCUGAAAAUGUUGCUGAAAUGACGGGAAGGAAAGGUAGAGUUGUUCAAACAGAUGGGGGUAUACAGUAUGAAUCUCGUUCUGAAGUUGACGCACCUUUGGAAACAUUAAAUGUUAUUGAAAAACAAAGGUUUAUGGAUGGUGAAAAGGAUGUAGCUAUCAUAUCAGAAGCUGCCAGUUCCGGUAUAUCAUUACAAAGUGACCGAAGAGCCCGAAAUCAACGCCGUAGAGUACACAUUACCUUAGAAUUACCUUGGAGUGCUGAUAGGGCUAUUCAGCAAUUUGGUCGUUCUCAUCGUUCUAACCAAGUUAAUGCUCCAGAAUAUAUUUUCCUAAUAUCAGAUUUAGCUGGGGAAAGACGUUUUGCAUCUAUAGUGGCCAAACGAUUAGAAAGUCUUGGUGCUCUUACGCAUGGUGAUCGGAGAGCAACUGAAACACGUGAUUUAUCAAAAUUUAAUAUUGAUAAUAAAUAUGGCCGUGCUGCUUUAGAAACCACAAUGAAAACUAUUAUUGGUUAUGAGAGUCCUAUAGUACCACCCCCAGAAGAUUACAAAGGACACUUUUUUGAAGAUGUCGGUGGUGCUCUUGUAGGUGUUGGUAUGAUUAUCAAUAAUGAAGCCAGUCCUGGUAACUUAACAUUAGACAAGGAUUACAACAACAUAAGCAAGUUCCUAAACCGUAUCCUUGGUAUGCCAGUUGAGCUUCAAAACAGACUGUUUAAAUAUUUCACCGAUGUACUACACCAUAUUAUUACGCAAGCAAAAAAAUCUGGUCGCUUUGAUUUGGGAAUCUUGGAUUUGGGUACUGCUGGUGAAAAUGUGAAACGAGUAAAAAUGUAUACGUUCCUUAGAAAACAUGCCACUGGUCAAGCUACUACUGAACUUCACAUUGUACAUGUAGAAAGAGGCAUGAGUUGGGAUGAAUCUAUAGAAAGGUGUAAAGAAGCCAAAGCACCUACUGAAGGAUAUUAUCUUUCACAUCAGAUAAGAAACAAUAAAAGUACUGCAGUACUUGCUUUGUUGGCUGAUAAUAGUGCUAAUAAAAAAGCCGAAACAACAAAAUCACCCUCUAAGAAGGACAUUAUGUUCACUAUAUUCCGUCCAAACACAGGAUUACAGUUAAGGCAAGAGUCACUGAGUGAACUUGAAAAGAAAUAUUUUAAAGUAGAGUUAUCUAAAGCAGAAAAACACUGGAAAGAACAGUAUGAUUCAUCUGAAACAGUUUGUUCACAUGCCUAUUGGCGUGGCAACUGUAAGCUUGUUACUGUUGGUCAAGAUUGUGAAGUAGGUUUAAGACGCCGUACAUAUAAUGUUUUGUCUGGAUCAGUGUUAAGUGUAUGGAGUAGAAUAGAAAAUGUAUUAUUAGCUCGGACAGGUUCUCAUCAUAAGAUGCAAGUUGUCAGGUUAAAGACUGCAGAAGGAUUAAAAAUAGUUGGCACUUUGAUACCUAAGUCAUGUGUUGAAGCAUUAAGACAAGAUCUAGGUGCAGAUGCAGAAAAGACAGAAGAACGCGUUUCUAAUUUAUAAGUAAAACUUGUAUAAACUAGAAUGUUUAUAAUUUAGAUAACUUACUUUCAAAGGAAUUAUGAUGAUCUAAUUUCAAGGAUGUAAUAAAAUUCCUGUAUCUUAAAUGUCCAGGAAUAAUCCCUAAUUGAAAUUGAUCCUUUGAUUUCUCAAUAUUUUUUCUGAAAUUUGACAGAACUGACGACGGCAUUUUGUUUAUUAAAAAUGUUUAAUUUUUUAUUAAAAAAAAGAAAAAUGAAAAAAAAACUUAGUCAUCCUUGUCAAUAUUACGAUUCACAUAUAAUUUUUUAUAUUUAUAAUUUAUAUUAUAAAAUAUUGUAUUCUCUAUAAUGUGACUAUUUAAAAUCCCACCAUAUAAAUAUAUAUUUUCUUUUGUAGUUUAUAUUUUCCUUAACCUAGUCUCUUUUAUAUCUUUAUCCUCUAGCACUUAAUGUAAUACUACUUAAAUUACUACUUUAGUGUUUAAUGAAACAUUCAUUUUCUAAAUUGAAAAACUUAACUUUUGAUUAUAAUUAAUUAUCAGAACAAAUUAUAUUUUGGUGUGACCAACACUUAAUUUAUAAUAUAUAACAGUAUUUCCUAUCACUAUGCUUGCAAAAUAUAACAUUUUCCAUUUCUUUAGUGUGGUAGACUGGUAUUUUAUUGAUUUAUUAUAUUGUUUGUAUUUAUAAAUACUAAUAAUAUCUUAUCAUUUUAACUGUAAGAAAUACUAAAGUAAAUUAAUUAAUAAUUAUAAUUGUUAAUUUAUAGUUUUUACGUUUUAAAGAGUGCAGAUACGUCUUCGUUUUCAAUGUAAAUUACAUUACCUACACAUUUUAUAAUGCUAAAGUAUAAUGAAAGAAUAGUUUUUAUAAUUUGUUAAUUAGAAUCGAAAAUUAAUUAAUAAGACUUAAUGAUCUAUUCAUCAUUAGAAUUAAUUUAUUUUAAAAUUAGAUUUCUCAGGAGUUUAAAUUAAUUAAAGUUCUGUGAAAUUUUCUCCGAUUUUAUAUAUUUUUUGUUACUGAAUUUAGAACAUAAAUUUUAAAGUGUAUCAUCUCAAUAGUAUUAAGAUAGUUUGAUAAUAUUGUUUAGUAAAUAACAAUAAGUUUGUAAAUAACUUAAUUAUAAGUUAGUGUGUAGGUAAAUUUUAUGUAGUCCUAUAGUAUUUCCCUUUUACUUCAAGAGUAAUCUCUUGUUAUGAUUUAUAUAGUUACCUCAACAAUGAUCAGAUGGUAUCGUAUUUUUAAAUAUUUUUUAAAUUUUAUUCCUAUUGAAUGACUUAUAAGGA